AUUAACGGGAGAAGGCGCGUUGUGAUUGGUUGUGGCGGAUUGGCUGCUUGCGAGGCGGGAAGACCGGUGAUGGAGGAGCGGGAGAGUGAGGCGGGCGAGCCGGGCCAGAGCCUGCAGCUUGAGGCCGAGGCCGAGGUGGAGAGGCCGGGCUCGGCUCCGCUGCCUGGGCUGCAGCAUAAACUGCUCCGGCUACCGCUGAGCCGUAUCAAGGGGCUGAUGAAAGCCGAUACUGAUGUGUCGCUGGCGAGUCAGGAGGCCGUCUUCGCCAUCGGCAAAGCCACGGAGCUGUUUGUUGAAGUGAUCGCAAAGGAUGCGUACACAUCCGCAUUACAGGGAAAGCGGAAAACCAUCCAACGGAAGGACGUAGAUAAUGCAGUUGAUGCCACAGAUGAAUUUGCAUUUUUGGAAGGAACUCUGGAUUGAAAUGGAGCCGAGCUUCACUAGAGGCCAAAUUAACUAUGGAUGGAGAGCUGUGUUCAGAGAUUCUCACUAUAUAAGUGUAUGUACAUUUUGUAUAAUUUAUAAAAAGGGUGUUCUAGCUGUUGAGUAAUUGAAUGUUUGCAGAUUAAAUGACUACAUUAAGAUGCUUCUGUCAUUUUUAUUUUGAAUAUUACCCUUGACCACAAGGCCUUUCAAUCAUGCUGCUAGUGGGAUUGGUAUGUGUAGACGUAAAAGAAAAUACCAACAUGAUUAGGCAGGGUUGAUAGCUUACACAAAAUAGAUGAUCUCUCAGCCUUUAACUAUAAACAUGGCAAGCAUCACCACCCAAUGACUUGUAUCAUCUUAGUAGGUGUGAUGACAUUACAAAAAGUUUCAGAGUACUGUAAUAUAAAUUACAGAGCAAUGUAAUAUAAACUGGCUUUUACACAAUUACAAAUACACAGCAAGAUAUGACCUGAAACCUGUACUGUGAUGAACAAAGGAAGACUGGAAACCUAACUGCCUGGACUUGUGAUUAAUUCCAACCUGAAACUUACUCCGGGGGACCCACUGUUCUAUCUCAAACGUAUUCGUUUCUACCUCACUUCAUUAUCCUUCUGUGCAUUGUGGGAGGAUGGUAUACAUUAAAUUAUGUUUGUGUGUAAUUUUAUCAGAAAUUUAAAUCCAUUCUGAUUUUUUAAUGCCUCCUGAAGUCACCUUUUUGUCACAGAUAUCAAUUAACACAUGCUUUGUAUCCUUUUCACUUGAACCAAAGUCACUCCACACCCCUCAAUGCUUCUUGCUUGUCAAUCUGUUCAGUAGCAAGGGACAUUAUUUGCCAUGUCUAUCUGAGAGUAAUGCAAUUGAGGCAUUCAGCUUGGUGUCUGCUUGUGGGGGCCUUGGGUUGUAAUAAUGCAUCUGUUCCUACUUGCACAAGUGAUUUUGUGCUAUGCAUAAGGUACUGCAAUAUGGACUUGGUGGUAAAGGGUAAAAUUUAUAGGUAAACUUGUGUAAUGUGUAAGAUCCUAAUGCCUAUAUUCAAAUGAUGAUCCUCUUUGUGUAAUCCCACAUAACCUAAUUUUACUAACUUAAUGUGACCUGUGCUGUAUCAUGUUUUGUCUGCCACCUCCUCUCACAAAUGACAAGAAUACAAAAAGUCUGCAAUAAAUGCAAUUAAAUUGACAUUGACCAAAAAUUGUUAAACUGAAUUUAAAGCUGGUUGCAAUGCCUGCUAAUGCUAAUGGCCUGUAGGGGUCCAGUUUCAGGGCCUCAAGUUUUAAAAGGAUAGUCAUUGAUUAGGGAAGACUGUGCUUUACUUUUUUGACUAAGCUCAAUUUUUUCUGACCUUUGUGAUUGUUGGUUGAGUCUUUUCCUACCUUUUGAAUUGUUAUAGGAACUGUUUCAGUUGUCACUCAACUCGACUGAAUCUAGGUUUUGCUGUAUGUACCUUUCUGUACAAGUGAUUGUUAUGCCUGGCAGUACAAUGACUCAUUGGGGCUGGUUAUCUGAUCUGAAUUGUGGAUCUUUUUAUCUUAUUUAUUUUCUUUGUCCUUUGACUUCAGAAGGUUGCGGGUCCAAGCCUCACGGCAUGGCUUGAGCAUGGAAGGCUGACGUUUCAGGUCAACAUUGCACCAAAUAGAAAAAAUAUUAAUAGGUUGAUCAGGGAGAUGAAGAAAAACAGGGCUGCAGGUGCAAACUAUAACAGUAAGAAGUUCCUUCAGCACAAGGUUAUUCAGAGAGGCACUGGGAGCCUUCAAAAUGCAAAUAAGUUUAAAAAAAAAUGACUGCUGAAAAGAGUAAGUGUUCUGCAUGAUUAAAUAUAUCAGUCCUAGACUGACUGAAAGCUUUUAUAUUUAAAUAGAUGCCAGGAGUAGAUGGUACUUAUCCCAUCAUACUAAACAGAAUAGAUUUGUGCAGUGUUGACAAUCAUUAAGGGUGUUGCUGAACAAGGAGGGAUCAGUAGAUUUAAAACAGGUUAAUAUGGUCUCCAUAUUUAAAAAUACUCAGCUUCCAUUUAAAGCAGCCAGCCAGAGUUUGUGAAAAAGCAGCCAGAAGGCCCCAAAGUCAAAAGCCAUUACCACUGCAGCAAGCCUUUCUCCUCUUCCAAGCACAAGUUCUUGCCAAGAGAUGGUCAUAUGUUUAAAGAAGGUUAGGUCCUGGUUAGUGACCUGAAUGCAGCAAUAUAGGCGGGUUCAGGGCAAAUAAGGCAGAGCAUACUUUGCCUUAUUUGUGCCCAAGCUUUUUUAGAGGAAGGUGAGGGAGGGAAAAUCAGUUCUUAUAUUUGGUCUAUCCAAUUUCAUAUACAAUUUAAGGAAAUGAAGGGCUGAAUGAAAUUGUGAGACAACAAGAAUGAGCAGCACAAUGACAUGACUAUAAGAAAAUAACAGGAUCUUUGAGAUUGUGAAAGUAACGGAAAAGCAGUGAAGGAAAGUGAAAAUAUCACUUGACGUGAGCAUAAGAAAAUAACUGGGUUUGAAAUAAGUGACUAGAGAACAAUGGCUUAAGUGAGGAAACUGAACUGCAGUUAGCAGUGGAGAAUGUGAAUCGUUGAGAAGACGGACAGCAGAGACUUGGAGUCUAGUAACAAAAGGGGGGAAAAGUGAAUAACGAAACAAGAAUCUGAGGAGAGAGGGAGAACAGGAUUGAGGGGUGGAAAGAAUGAAUGUGAUGAUGACCAGUGAAAGGAGUGUGAACUAAUGAAAGAAUAAAAUUGAAGAUAACUGAAACAAGACUGAGAAUAACAGGAGAGAGAGCAAUAGCAUAACAGUGGAAAGGAUAUUCCUCCCUGUGCCACAAGUGGGGCAUGAGAUUGGAAGCAAGUGAGGAGGAGAAUGCCUGAGAGGGAUUACCUUGUUCAUUCUUCAUUAUUCAUUGGAAGUUUACAAUGUGUAGAAAUCACCCAAGCUUACAAUGCUGUAUUCAUUUAUUCUGUAUAAUACAUCAAUUUACAAUGAUUAAACUCUGCCAAUAAUCAUGAA